AUGAGAUCACUUUCUUAGGUUUGUAUCACUGAAUAUUCAGAAAAUAUUGAAAAAUAUAUCUUUAAACCAAAGAAAGUAAUCACAUUAAAGUCAGACUCACCUACUCUAACCAAAAGAAAUAGUCAAUAAGCUAUGGUUAUUUUAUCUGAAUCACCUCCUAAAAAACAUAAAACUUGUAGUAGUGAAAUUCCAUUAAGUAAUGGUAAAAUGUUUUUGAAAGAUGGAAAGAUCUUAUUCUUAAAGUAAAAGCUACCAAAAUUAGAGUUACCAUAAGCAAAAUGUAAAUUUGAUCCAAAAAUUGAAAUCCUAAAAUGGAUAUAAACAAAUAAGAUUAUAUCUCCUACAAAAAAAAGAAUCACAUUUAGAGCAAUAAAAGAAUCAAAUGGUUAAAAUAGAAAAUCAUAAAUCUUUUGA